CUUUAUUUUCUAAAUUUCUAACCAAACUUGCCUUGAAACUAAAAAGUAAUCAAUGGUCAAUUUUGUAAAAAUAUAAACAUUUAGAAAAUGGGAACAGAAGUAGCAUUAUCAUUCAAUGCUUUACGAAACCAAUUAGAAAAUGAAAGAAAUAGUUUGUUUAAAUUAGAUGAAAAUAUAAAAAAAAUAGUGCAAACAUCGGGACGAUAUAAUGCCUCUGGUGACCAUUUAAGAGGUGGCCCCCGUCUGGGUGGACGAAGUUCUUUCCAAGAUUUUAAUAAGAAUGAUGACCCGUAUAACAAGAGAAAACAAGAAACAAAAACAGUCUUCAGCAGAUUAUCAAAGGGGAAUGACAGCGAUGGUGAAGACGGCCCAGGAACAAAAAGGCCCCGAAUGCCCUCAGCCGUGUCUCGCGAGCUGCCGACCAGAGCUUCAGUGCUGCGAGCACAGGGUGACGACGAGCAAGCUAGAACUAGGAAUAGAAGAAUAUUUGGCUCACUGCUUGGAACACUUCAAAAAUUCAAACAAGAGGAAAUUGUAUUGCAAACUAAAGAAGAGAAAAAGGCACAAGUUGAAAGAAAGAUUGAAGAGCAAGCCCGAUUAGAAAAGGAAAAGGAACUCAUAGAGAGAAGAGUGUUAUUUGCUGAAAGAGAAACGAAGAAAGCAAAUAUAAAAACUCUUGAAGCUAAGAUGAUGAGGGUCCAGGAGUUUGAGAAAUGGGAGGAGUCACAAAGACAUCUUGGACACUUUAUUCUGACAAAAGCUAAACCACAUGUGUAUUGGUUGCCCAAAAGAAUGUCAGAAAGAGCCUCUGAAAAACUUAAUUCAAGUAGAAGAUAUUAUGAUAAAUGUAUGACAAAGAAGCGUGAGGAGCUUCAAGAAGAGUUACUGAGAAUUGAGCAGAGGUGUCUCCGUCAAAAACUUCCAGGAGCUAAAGAGAAUGAACCAAAUGAUGAGCUUGGUGCUUCUGUGAAGAGUGAAAUAAAGGAAGAAAAUGAUGAAAGGAGCAAAAAAAGAGAUAAAUUUGCUGCAGAUGCUGAUGAUAAAGGUGAUGACAGUGAUGCUGAUGAUAGACAUGAUGAGCAGAUCACUAAAGAAGAUAAUGUUGAAGCAUUAAAUGAGACGGCAAUUGAUGCUAAUAAUAAACAGAGCCCAGAUAGAAACAUUGUUGAAAGUGUUACCCAAGAUAAUGAGGAACCGGAUAUGACUGCUGCACCUGUUGAGCCUGAACCAGUGGAGAACAUUGCUUGUGACACAGAAGACAACAAAUCUAAUGUGGCACAACCUGAAUCAUUAAUAGGAUAAAUAAUUGCAUGGUGAAAUAAUAGAUGGUUUGACCAAGCUUUUGUCAAGUGAGGUGUUCUAUGUUUGUGACCUCAGUUCAGUUGGUGAAUACAAUUGUUAGUUAACACAAUAGUUCGUAAGCACUAGAGUAAUAAUUAGGUACAUCAGCUAAAAAGUGGGAAAGUACUGCUCAAGAGCAAUCUAAAAUUUUUUAUAGUUAGACACAAUCAUAAUUUUUUAUUGUACUAUUUUCAGUGCUCAAAAUAUAAUUUUAUCAUACAUUUUACAUGGUUUCAGGUCCAUUAAUGUCUUAAUCUGUUCUUAUCACACAUAUUUUAAUUCAUAUAAACUAAUUACCUUGUCAUUGAUCACUAGACUGUGAUUGGUCACACUCGCCUUUGUUGUGGAUGCUUAUGAAUUGUUCAGUUGCUUCAUGUUGAUAUAGAGAUAAGUAAAAUACACACUCUAUAGUUUGAGACUGUUGUACCAUGCCUUAGUAUGUGAUGUAGUAUUAUAAUGUUCUUAUUGAUAUCUCGUGAUCUAAACUGGUCCUGUGUAACAAUAUUGAUACUUUUAUAACUUAUUUAGUAGCAGGCCUGCCUCACUCCCCGUGUAGCUAUUGAAAAUGUAGUAGGCCAGCCAGUAGGGACUCAUAAGCGAGCUUUGUUGUCACCUUCUUUAACGAGCUGACUGAUAUUUUGUAAAUGGGGAAACAUAAAUAAAGCAAAGGAUAAGCACAAAUAAAAUUUGAAAAACAAUUUUAUGAACGAUGCGGGACUCAAGCCCACGACCUUUGGCGUUCCGUGCCAGUGCUCUAACCAACUGAGCCUACCGUUUGACUGAUGUAUCGUCAUAAAAUCUUGUAUGUUAAACUCUCAGGUUGUGGCUUCAUCUACAGGAUCUACUUUUUUUUUAAUUUUAAUUUUAUUUGUGUACUAAUCCUAGGUGUGAGGGUUAUCACUUUAAAAACAUAACAAAUUGGUUUGGAUUUUAAUAUCCUAAUUAAAUUUUUUUAAACAUCCCAAAGUCUCCGAAACAAUUUGAUGUAAAGUGAUUAUUAUUAUUAUAAUGAAAGUACCAUUCAUGAUAGCUACCUAUUUAUUUCCUAUAUACUAAGUGAGUUUGACUAUGUCGUGGUGUUCCAACACAUACAUUACUAUCUACAACUAAUAUAUGUUUGACAACGAAAGAAUAUUGAUUUAAAAUUACAAUUACAUACCUAUUUAUUAUAGGAAAAACUGAGCUUUAUUAUAAGAUGACCUUAUACUAGGUAGGUACAGUUUUAGGUAGAGAAGUCAACUCUAUUGUUGUUAGAACAGGUAAGAGUCACACAAUAGAAAGAGAGGCAAGUUCUAGGUGAAUAAAAAUUUAGGUUAGUAUCACUGUGCUAUAUGAAUUACACCUUAUUGUAUGACCACAAGAGUCCCUAUUUCUUUAAUUGAUUUUGCGGAGUGAGACUUCUGUACUUGAACUAUUAUAUAUUCUUUGUCAGUAGUACAAUAGUUUCAAUCAAACUAUAGUUGAAGCCUGACUUGGCCUCUUGGCUCUUGGCUUGGGACCUCUGAUAACAAUAAAGUGAAGUGUGUUUGCUCAGAUCGUGACAAUGGCCAGUCGUUCUGUGAUCACUUGACUGUUGUGACGUGAGUCUGCUGUGUAAAUGUUUUCUUGAGUGUUGUAAUAUACGACUGAGUAAAGACCAAUCAAUAAAUAAUACCAUAAAGUAA